AUUUAGAACCUUUGAAUACGUCGAAACAGUGGUGAGCUACAAUCUGUCACAUCUCAGAGGUAUAGGUAACCACACUGUUGGAAACGUCAAGGAUUCCUCGGCUCAUAUGGAGUCAAUUUUGAACUGCAAAUCGGAAGAUUUGGAGGAUUAUUACGGGCUGCUUGGGUGCGAUGAGCUGUCAUCGACAGAGCAGAUACUGAAUGAAUACAAAAUAAAAGCUUUGGCUUGUCAUCCCGACAAGCAUCCGGAAAACCCCAAAGCAGUGGAAGAAUUUCAAAAGUUACAGGAAGCCAAAGAGGUUUUGACCAAUGAGGAGAGCAGAAAGAACUAUGACCUCUGGCUGAGGAGCCAGCUCACAGUGCCUUUCCGAGACUGGCAAGCCUUCAGCCAGUCUGUGAAAACUUCAAUGCACUGGGCUGUGAGGGCAAAGAAAGAGCCCAUGUUGGAGGACUCAAAGGAAUCGUCAGCACCAUCAGCACCUGAGGAGAAGGCCUCCUUCUCUAAACAGGAGCAGACUGAUGACCGGUCCUCAGAUGCUCCUCUGUCCUCUAGUGACUACUGGCAUCAGAGAUUCCGCUGGUCAGCCGAUGCUCCUUCGGAUCUCUUACAGAAAUUCAGGAAUUAUGAAAUAUAAUUAUAAUAGCAUAUUUAUGAUGUGUAUUCUAUUAAACGUGGUCAUGUUUUUAGUAGUUGUAGCAGAUUACUGGAGUAUUUGCUGUAACAUUCCAGUUGACUUACUAUGUGUGUGUGCCUUGAGCCUUGGCGAUCAGUGUGAGCUCUCUCCUCUCUGCCAUUUGUGAAGAACAUUCCGUGGAGUUAUUAAUUAAAAAAAAUAAAUACAAAUACUACAUAACGUAUCUGGAUAAAUAGAAGUUACACUUUUGGAAAAGGAGCCAGCUUUGUAGUCACCUUACUGAGAGUGUAAGGGUGUAGUGACUUGGAGAGGAAGUAUGUAUAUUGAAUAACAGGAAUGAGAUGAGAAGCUUUUGCUAACAUAAAUGUGGCACUGACUAUGGUAGAGGAGGGAAUAAAACACUAUAUUUUUACUGCUGCUAUAGUUAACCUCCCUUACAGAUCGAAAAAUAUUCCAAAUAAUCAUUCAGUCAUUUAAUAACAUUAAUUUUAAUAACAUCAGUUUACUCUCCAGACAGUCUAUGCUGUCUCUCUUUUUUGCGUUUGUGACAUGUAAUUGUGAGCACUGAUGCUGGUUAGACAUGUUGAAACUGUCACUAAAUAAAUUCAGUUUUCUACUUCA